CCACCGUAGGCUGAGAGCGGGCGGAAGUCUUGGGAGCGCUGCAACAUGGCGGCGUCUGGCAGCGGCAGCAGCCGGGCGGAUAACGGCUACGGCAGCCAGCAGCCGCGGCGCAGGAAAGGCCCGGGCGCCCUGGCCACGGCCUAUCUCGUUAUCUACAAUGUGGUGAUGACGGCGGGAUGGCUUGUUAUUGCAGUUGGCCUAGUUCGAGCAUACCUGGCUAAAGGUAGCUACCAUAGCCUCUACUAUUCAAUAGAAAAGCCCCUGAAAUUCUUCCAAACUGGAGCUUUACUUGAGAUUCUGCACUGUGCAUUUGGCAUUGUUCCCUCUUCUGUUGUACUGACUGCUUUCCAAGUGAUGUCAAGGGUUUUCCUGACGUGGGCAGUAACACAUAGUGUAAAGGAGGUGCAAACCGAAGAUAGUGUCCUGUUGUUUGUGGUGGCCUGGACAAUCACUGAGAUAAUCCGUUAUUCUUUUUAUACGUUUAGCUUGUUAAACCAUCUCCCUUAUCUCAUCAAAUGGGCCAGGUACACUUUGUUUAUAGUAUUGUAUCCAAUGGGAGUCUCAGGUGAAUUACUUACAAUAUAUGCUGCAUUACCCUUCGUCAGGCAAUCUGGAUUGUAUUCCAUCAGUUUACCUAACAAGUACAAUUUUUCUUUCGACUAUUAUACAUUCCUGAUCCUGGUUAUGAUCUCCUACAUUCCAAUCUUUCCUCAGCUGUAUUUUCAUAUGCUACAUCAGAGGCGAAAGGUGCUCUCCCACACGGAAGAACACAAGAAGUCGGAGUAAUUCCAACUCUUUUUUUCAGAACUUUUCAAACAUCGAAAUGCUGCAGUUUUUCAAUACACAGCACAUUUAUAAAGAAUAUACCAAGAUAAAACAAGUCAGAGGUAAAAGACCAAUAAUUUAGCAAGAAUAACCAAUACAUCUGAUUUCACUGAAAUUCCACAAUGUAAAACAUUGAAAUAGUUUUCAGCUUGCAGUGCUUCAGAAAACUUUUUAACUUUGUAUGGCUUGGCAGUUAGCCUUUUCCUUAAAUGAUGUGCUAAGUGGUUUUCAUUUAUUACUAAAUGCUUGAAGGUUGCAGUAUGAGCGAUGAAGUUGUACCCACUAAAUGCUUGAAUUUGGAUUAUAUUACUGAUACCUCUUUUUUUGUUGUUUUUUAAGUGCUUGACUGCAUGCCAGAAACUGUAUGCAUUGCUGUGAAAGCAAACAAUAUGCUCUGGAGUACUUUAGGGUUUUGUCGGAGACUCCAGUGGAGAAUGUAAUCUGGGCAGAGUAUUUGUAUUUAGAGAGGUGGGUUGUGUAUUUAAAAGGUGAUGGGAACAAGAACAGGAAACCAGUUCCUGGAAAUAAGGGGAAUGUGGUUCUUUAGGAAUUUAAACAGUAGGGUGUCUGACCAGAGAGUGUUCUCUGAAGAUCUUGUUUAAGCUGAUUACUCAAAUGCUAAUGUUAAUUCAGAGGCUAUAAUGCUUAUCUGAAACAUUAAAACUCCUCUUAAGUACUGCAUCCCUGCAUACUUUUUAAAAUAUUAAAAAAAUACUAACUGUAAUAUUUCUAGUGAUAUUGGCAAUGAAUCUAAACAAUAUAAGGAGGCAGAUCGCCCAAAACCAGGUGCAGUUCUUCAUUUUUUACUUAAAAUUAUCAUCUCUAAUGACUGUCUACUAUCUCAGUGGUACUCAUCUUUUAGUGUUGAGGACUAUUUGGUCUACUGUGGCAUCAUUUGAGGGCCUUGUUCCUCAACCUAACUUUUCUCAAGUGACUAAUGGGUAUCACUGGCACAUCGAAGCAGGCAGUUCCAGGCAUUCAGCUUUGGAAAUGUUGCAAAGUCAUAAGCUCCUUCUUUGAAAGCAGAUUAUCUCGUGUUACCUGCUGCUUUUGCAGAUUGGACAAGCCUUCACUCAUAUGCUCUUGAAAGAGCAGGAGACCGUGGAAAGCUAAAUUUUCCUAGGUGCUUUCUCUGGGUUCUCAGGCUAAGCCUUCCCUUGGGAAGGUAAAACAGAAAAUGAAAGAACUGAGAAAAGCUUGUGGUGAGGCAGAAAGCAGUAAUGCUGUGUACGCAGUGCACCAAGUUAUGAACAAACCCCUGGGGGCAGGAUUUGGGGAAUGGAAGGGACAAAGAGAGCAGGGAAAUGAGCAGAUAUCCAAGCAAAGGCAAAAGGAAAUAUAGGUUAUGGCCUUUGCUCUGUUAAGAAUUGAUAGUCAUAUAACCCUAUCUUCACCCAGUCAGAGCCACUAGACAACAACACAAGGGCUUCUCUGGCUUCUCUCUUGUAACAUCAGAGUUAGUGCAUAUAUGAGGAGUGACCACUGCUGUAGUACCUGCAACUCUAGUCUUACGCUGUGCCUGCCAGCACUUCCCCCUGGACGUGGCCCACACCUGUGUGCCAGUUGCCCUUGACACAUUGCAGCUUUCCCUAAGCGUAGCCAGGAAAUGCUAAGGGCACAGGCUCUCUGUUGUAGCACUUGGAGAGAGCUGGAUUUACAGUUAUUUUGGUCUGUUUUUGUCAGAGCUAUAUUAAAAACCAAAACAACACUUGGCAUUUUUCAGUAAUUUCCUUUGGCUGUAUCAAAAAGUCUGACUGAGUUUUCCUACCACUCAGUAACACAUCUAACACCUUUCCUGUUCAACAGCACCAUUGUGAGCAGGGAGGGGGUAAGAGACAAUAAUGAUCUUUGCUUCUAUUGUAAAUCUUUUGGAGACACUUAUUGGCUGUAAUCAAAACAGUAUUACUAUAUACAACCUCAAAGUGGUUUUGCAUUCAAAGAUGCAACAAUUGCAGUUCAUUUUUUCAUUGGGUUAUGUGGUGCUUUGUUGUAGUGAUCUGAGAAAUGUUGCAUUAGACACAAUUCACUGUUCAAAAGUGUAAACUUCCACCUCUGAACAGAACAUCUCCUUUUGCUUAUACUUGCUAUCGAAGGAGUUAGUGCCAGUAUUUCUGUAGGAUGUCAUCUAAAAGAUCUGAUGUACUUGGGUUACUCGAUAUUGUCGAUGCUUAGCUCCUGAACAUUUCUUGAUUUGAUUUCUGUGCCAAAAUAAAAUAUUUGGUUUCAAAUUUGUUGCUCUAAUUUGGAGGAAAAAAAUGGCUGUGUAAUAUUCCUGUAUGAAAUGAACUCAUAGCUCUGAUGAGAAAGAUGUAGUACAGAUCUGUAUUAGAUAGCAUUGGUACUACGUAGAAGCACAGAACUGCUGAAGGGAGAAGGCAACAACAUCUUUACCGAAUAAGCUUUAUUAUGGAAUAUUUCCUUUAAUUGAAAACACUGAUUUACCACACAAAUGCAAAUAAACUACAGCCUUAAAAAAAAAAAAAAAAAGUUUUCCUUUUAAAAGAAGAUUUCUUCAAAGCAAUUUAUUUUUAUCAGCAAAGUUGGUUUAAAAAUUAUACUCUGAAGUAUGAACAUGCAGUUAGGAUAUACAAGAACGUCAGCACUUCAGCUUGCAGUGCUUUUUAAGUGUAGCUUCUAGGGAAAUCACUGAAAGGUGAUCUUGAGUAAGAACUGUAGGAUGAUACCCUACUACUGUUUGGGUGUUUCCCUAAAACUGACUUUGGUCACACGCGUGGGUUUUGUCCUCUUCAUAAAAUAAGAACAAAUUGUAAUGUGGUUUAUAAGAACUUUAUAAUAGAAGCUUUGAUUAGUACUCUUUGUCACAAAUCUAGAGGUUUGUUGUGGGGGUUUUUGGUGUGUUUUUUUUCUCAUAAACUGUUUCCUCGGCUUACAUGUUUUCUAUCAGCAUCACCAAACGUGUGCAGCAGACAUGUUUUCUGCUUUGUUAGUCUUUGUCUUAUGUGCACUGCCUCUGUUAACAAUAAGUUCUAUCAUGCUGGCAUUGUUUGAAUUAGUCAUUAUCCUCUAAAAGACCAAGGUUCUUGCCAGUGUAUAGUUUACAACUGGAACUGUGGAAAUGUUGAUAUUGUAAAUUAUAGUAAGAUGGAGGUUACAGUGCAGGUAAAUUAUAAUUUUUCACAAUGUGAUGUUUCUUUCAGAGUGUUUUUAUUUAUCAGUAGAAGGGUUGGCCUUUGUGUGGACCAAUCUGCUGUGACAUUUUAAAACCUGUCUUUCAGCUUAAAAUCUUCAUGAGUAUACAUCAAAUCAUACAUUUUUAUGUACAUUUUAUAUCAGUGAAAUUUGGGUGAAAACUAUAUACAGUCAUUUUUGUAUUUUUUUCUAUGUUGUGAAGAAUAAAAUUGUAAUUUUCUAAGUCUGAUUCACUAAAAUUAUUAUAAGUUAGAUGUAUUUUUUGUAUAUUUAGGAAUCUGGUAUUACCUGGAGCUCUGAAAGAUUAAGCAUAGACUUUUUAUGCAUGUUUGGAAGAUAUUUCUACCUGAUAAUGCAGUGAAAUGGUUUGUAUGCUAAAAUACUAGUCUGUGUUGUUGCCUUGUGAAAUUGAUUCUGUGCUCUCUGCCUGGAUUUGGCCUACUGAUCGGUGAUACUAACUGCUGUAAUCCAAAUAAAGUAAUUCUGAACAAAA